AUGGAUGUGGUGGAGCUCAAGACGGUUCUGGACCAACACCACCCCGCGGUGGCCCGGGUCUUUCGCGAUAACGUCCCCGAGGUGGGCCUGCGGCGGUUGGACGGGUGGGUGUUGAGUUAUCUCCUGUGCAUGUUGGAGGGCCAGACCAUUCCCGAGUCCUACUUACCGGAGGAGACGAUUGAAUCCACGUUAAAAACCUACUUUACGGAGUUCGGCGUCUUUGCCUCCCCGGCGGCGAGGGAUCGGGGGGUGGCGGCGAUCACGGCGACGAUGCUCGCCGACGGGAUUACGCAAAAGCCGAAGGAAAUCCAGCGAUUGGCCAACGCGGUGAAUAUCAGCCGGCAAUACGAGGAAAGCCUCAAACGCGCGACGAUGAUGAAAGGGGUGGGGAAGGUCGCGGUGGCGAACACCAACGAGGACUGGACGUGGGAAACGAAGCGGAAUGCCGCCAAGGAUGUUCGAAAAAAGCGCAAGGAGGACGAGAAAAAGGCCCUGAUGGCCGAGGAGUACGAGGAGUUUUUGAAAAAGCGCGGGGUGGUGAACUCGCAGGUGAUCACCAAGCUCCACCACAAGUACGAGGGCGGGAAUUACUCCACGGACAUCCGCUGCGAGGAUAUUCAUAUUCACAUGGGCAAGCAAAACCUCCUCGAUCACACCGAUUUAAUCCUGUUGAGCGGGCAUAAAUACGGCUUAAUCGGGCGAAACGGCUCGGGCAAGACGACCCUGCUUCGGGCGCUGUCGGAGCGGGAGUUGGAGGGGGUGAGUCCGUUCGUGCAGAUCCUCCACGUCGAGCAGGAAAUCCUCGCCGGGGAGGAGACCCCCCUGCAGAUUCUUUUGUGCACCGACGUCGAGCGCGAGGCGCUGUUGAAGGAGGAGCAGGAAUUGCUCCGCCGGAACGACGACAAGGGGAACCUCCGACUAAAUCAGGUGUACGCGCGGCUGGACGCGAUUGACGCGCACAGCGCGGAGUCCGCCGCGGCGAUGAUCCUCAGCGGCCUCAGCUUUACCAAUGAAAUGAUGAAUAGCCCGACCAAGUUGCUUUCGGGGGGGUGGCGGAUGCGGGUGGCGCUCGCGCGCGCGCUUUUUGUCGAGCCCGACAUCCUUCUUCUGGAUGAGCCCACCAACCAUCUCGACCUGUUCGCCGUGUUGUGGCUCGAGCAGUUUCUCAAGGAGUGGAAGAAGACUUUUGUGGUCGUCUCGCACUCCCGGACUUUUUUAAACAACGUCUGCGAGGAGGUGAUUCAUCUGGUCGGGACGCAGCUGCGCUACUACAGCGGGAACUACAACCAGUUCGAGAUCACCCGCGUCGAGCAGGAACGCCAGCAGAAGAAGCAGUUCGACACGCAGGAAAAGCAGCGCGCCCACAUCCAGGCCUUUAUUGAUCGCUUUCGCUAUAACGCGAACCGCGCGCGGAUGGCCCAAUCCCGCAUUAAGGCCCUCGAGCGCAUGGAGUUGGUCGCGGAUGUCGUCUCGGACCCGCAAUUCGCCUUUAAAUUCCCCGAACCCGAGCUCGUGAGCGGGUCGUAUUUGGAGUUGUUGGACUGCGAAUUCGGGUUUAAGCCCGGCGUGAGCCUCUUUAAGGACGUUAACUUCGGCAUCGACGAUAACUCGCGCAUGGUGUUGGUCGGCGCCAACGGGGUGGGGAAGUCGACGUUAAUGAAUAUUUGUCUGGGCCGAUUGGAGCCGCGCGCUGGGACGGUGGUGCGGAACAAGAAGAUUCGAAUUGCGCAUUUCGCGCAGCACCACCUCGAGAGCCUCACCCCGCAAUUAUCCUCGCUUGAGUUCUUGCGGUCUAAAUUUCCUCACAUCGAGGAUCAGAACCUGCGCGCGCACCUGGGAAGCAUGGGUCUUUCCGGGGACCGCGCGAUGCAGCCCAUUUAUACCCUUUCCGGGGGCCAAAAAUCGCGCUUGGUCUUGUCCUGGAUUACGUUUACACGGCCGCAUAUGCUGCUUUUGGAUGAGCCCACCAAUCAUUUGGAUAUCGAUACCGUUAACGCACUCAUCGAGGCGCUUUUGGAGUACAAGGGAAGUCUUUUGGUGAUAUCCCACGAUGAGUUCUUCAUUACGUCGCUCUGCGAUGAUAUUUAUGUGUGCGAGAAUGAGCGGAUUAAAAAGUUUGAUGGGGACUUUGAGGCGUACCGGAACAGUAUUACAAAGCGGUUGAAAUAA